UCUACCUAAGCGCUCAGUCAUCCAUUAACUGGAUUAACAGAAAUUCGAUAAUCAUGAAUCCACUGAAGAAUUUGAUCCGCGGCGCCUCUGUGCUGGUCCUGGCGUGCGUGGUGUCCGCCGUCCCACAAGGAUACGGUUCCGGAGGCGACGGUGGGCUGGGAGUCGAUCUCGGCGGCACUGGAGUCGACGGCGGCAGCGGCGUUGGAGGCGGCAGUGUACUUCCUUUCGUCUUGGUCGGGAAGGGUGUGCUUCCUGAAAGUGCUAUCGGUGGAGUAGGAGGCGUUGAUGGAGGUGCCAUCGGUGGGGAAUACAGCGCACCAGAUACUGGUGCUGUUGGAGGCUUCGACGUCGAUGUAGCUGGAGGCUUCGAUGCUGGUACUGCUGGAGACUUCGAUGCUGGUGUUGGCAAUGGCGAGGAAGUCUCCCAUGUCAGCCCCCCUGUCAGCGUAUACGAUGCACCACACUAAUUGUGCCAACAAGGAGA